AUGCUACAGCACAGUGCAUUCGUGUCCAUUGAAACCCAGCUGGCCUCUGAGUCAGAGGCAGCCCGCAAGUCGUUGGAAAAUUGCGGGCACUUGAUUCAGGAUGCUUGUGAUCCCAACGCCAACGCCCCCUGCAGCAACAAUUGCCGCAUCCAUACGCACGGUCAUGAUUGCUAUCGGCCGGUGCCUGAGGUGAUGGCAGAACAUCCAGGAGAAGAUGGCUUUUGCUAUUUCAACUACACGGGAUUCUGGGUGGAUCCGUUGGGCGACAACCCGGAUUAUGUGCAGAGUGCAUCGCAUGCAAUUCUCGCCAUUCGAGGUUCCUAUUAUGAAGGCUUCAAGAAAGGCCCUUUGAUCACCUUCAACUUUGAAGGCAAAGCGAUUACUACCUAUAUGGACGCUAUGCACUAUUCCUAUGACGACCUCUAUGGCUACUCCUUGGGAUAUUUGCAGGGGCAAGGUUUGGAGCCUUCACUUCUGCAGAACAACACCGAGUGGAUAUCUGUUUCAAAGGCCAAAUGUGAUCAGAUCCAAAACACCUACAAGUUUCAGAACGAAGAGCUGGUCCUUGCAGACUGGUUAGAUUACAACCAAGUGAUCGCAACAAAGGUUGCUUGCAGCGCAAAACUUCAACCCUACCUCAUGUCCAAGUCUGUCCUGGCAGCGGCGCGCUACAAAAGCAUCGACGACUGCGAUCCUGUUACUGCUAGAGACUUUGCAAAGCACCACUACAUCAAGUGUUUGCUCGGAUACCCAAAUUCAGCCGCUGAUGCUGCAUAUUUGCUAGCGCGGGCAUGUUUGCUGGAGAUGGGGACUCACAUCGGUCACUUCAGCGAAUGUCCAUAUUCACCGGAUGUGGAUUUUUGA